UGACACACCCUGUCCCAAACUGAGUUUCUAAAUGCAGAUUCCAAGAGGAAAUCCGAUAGCAUCAGUUCCUCAAAGAGGCUACCAGAGCUUUCUCUGCAACUCUCGUCCUUAACGGGUCAUGAAAUGUAGCCGUUGAUUUUAUAAUUUGUGGUUUCUUGUGGAUAAGGUUCUGCUUUUGAACAUACGAUAUGACGAAUUUACCCUUCUUCUGGACUCAAAAGAGCUGAUCCAUGCCAUGCUUAAACCCAACCAGCUUCACUGCUUCAGAGGCUUCUUCAGUCUUUUAGUCUAGAGGGUUUCCUUGUUUCUCUGCAAGGAAGAGGCGGAUGAAGAUGAAGCUGAAGCUGGCAGCUCCAAAGCUUCCUCUCUUUAGAUUUCCUGUAUCUCCUAUCUAUCACAUUUCCUUCAAAUCUUCUACCUUAUGUUCCUCAACAUCACCAUCAGAACCUUCAGUGCAGGUUUCAGAAUCUUCUCCUUUCAUGGUGGAUUACUUCAUCCGUUCCUUCGGGUGGCCAAGAGAGAAAGCCGUACACGCUUCAAAGCGCCUCCUCCACAUAAAAUCACCCCAAAAGCCCGACACCGUCCUCGCCUUCCUCCGCGGAAUCGGUCUCUCUGAAUCUCAACUCUCCGCCACCAUCAGUCGCCGGCCAAGCAUCAUCACCGCCGGCAUCGAAUCUUCCCUCCUGCCCAAGGUCAAGAUUUUCGAAUCUCUUGGUGCUUCCGGCAAAGAACUCGCGGACCUCGUCGUCUCCUCCGCCAACUGCUUGGGCAACAGCGUCGAUCGCCGUAUUUUGCCCUGUAUUGAUGUCUUAAGGGACAUCCUUCAAGACGACAAGAAGGUUCGCUUCGCUCUCAAGCGAUGUCCCUGGGUCCUCAGCAGUGACCCUGAUAAGGUUUUGCGGAGAAACGUUGGGUUCUUGCUUCAGAAGGGCCUCGAGGGGCCUCCGCUAUCGACGCUUAUUUAUAAGUCUCCUAAAGUUUUGGUUAUGAAAUUGGAGCAACUGGCUGUGGCUUGUCAGAUUGUGGAGCAAUUCGGGCUAACUUGUAGUUCUUCACCGGAGGCCUAUGCGAAUGUUCUGUAUGUGGUGACUACCGUGUCCAAAGAGAAACUUUCCAGGAAAUUGGAUAUUUUUAGUAAUUUUGGGUUUGAGGAAUCUGAUAAGUACGUGUUAUUCAAGUCGUCUCCCUCAGUUUUCAGAUUGAAUGAAGAGAACUUGAAGUGUAAGUUGGAUUUCUUUCUCUCGACGAUGGAUAAUCCUCGUGAGCUGCUGCUGAAAUGUCCCCUGAUUAUGGGUCUUAGCAUGGAAACGAGGUUGAUGCCCCGUUAUAGAUGGAUCCAGAAAUUGCGUUCAAUGGGUUUGGUUUCAAGAAAGAUUGAUUAUGCGGCGGCAUUUUGCGUUAUUGAGGAUAAAUUUGUGAAACGCUAUGUUAACAAGUUCAAGAAUAUGGACGGUUUGGAUCUGCUUGGAGCUUACAAAGAGUUUAGGAAGGAAAGAAGUGGGAAUCUUCGAAAGGAUCCUGAAUUGAAAGCAGUAGUCUGAUCUCCUAAAGGCAGCAGGGGGACUUGGUUUGUUUUCAUUACAGUUAGGACAAGGAGAAGAGCAAUUGCCUCUCACUCCUUUCCAGCUCUUUGAUGGUAAGCCUCCAUCAGGAAUACCUUACUAGAUCAACCAUUAUCAAAAAGAGGCAUGCUUAUGUCGGGACAUGCUCUUGUUCCAGGGAAAGGGAGUUCUAGACUUCUAGCCCUGCACACUCUUGAGAUUAAGUCUUCCAGGUGGCAUGUUUUUAUGUAGGAAUGCUUAUGGUACAAGGCAGAUCCUACAGUGGAGGUGCAUAAUGGAGCUUGUAGUUUCCGCAGAUCGUGGCAAUUACUGAUACUUAGCCACAGGGAAGACUGCUGUGGAGAUACCUUUUGUUGGAAGGAAUUUGGAAUCAUCUGGGAGGAAGAAAUAAAGCAUUUGGUAAUGUAAGGAAUGGUGCAGAUCAAGUGUUUGGUACGAUGAUCACUGAGGCAGCAUGGUGGGCUUCAACUCAGAAUAUAUUCUGGAGAAUUUCAACAAAUACAAUCAGGAUAAAUAUUCUAGAUUUACUAGAAAUAUUAUUUGAAAGGAUUGAUAUUACCCAAAUGGAGCAUCAAACUGAAGUUUGAUAUAUGUUCUUUCGGUAACUUGGUUCUUUUGGAAUUGGAGGUGUUGUUCAGAAUAUCAGGUCUGAACUGGUUAUUUGUUAUGCAGCCCCCAUUGGCACAACUGAUUCAACAGAAGCUGAACCCAAUGCUCUUAUGGGAUUAGAUUUGGUUAAAUUCGUUAUGGCCUACAUGGAGGGAGAUUCAGAGAUCAUCCCUAGAUGAAUGCUGGCUGAGAUGAGUGGCCUUUGGAGAAUACAAGCUUAAUCAGGCAUGAAAGAUCAAUGCUGGAAGCCAUGAAAACCCUGUUCUAUUGGAUCCAAGAUUCUGCCACUCCAUAACUGAUAAAGUAGCAAAGGCUGGUGGCAUGAAGGAGAAGUCAUAUGUAGAUCACACAAUACCCAAUUCCAGGGUAGCUAGAUGAUGUCUGCUGUCAUAUUGUUGUCAAAUUUUAUUUGUUUUUUCACCAGGAUUUGUGACUUACACAGAAUUUCUUUGCUUUACAUUAUCUAUAUAUCAAUAAAACAUUAGUAACUUGGGGGUGGGGGAGAAGGAAUUUACUUUUGUUCUAGGGAAUUGCAUUCAUCUCCACCUUCUAAAGUUACACUCAAUGUCGGUUUUUUUAACUUUCA